AGAGUUUAAGCCGAAAGAAAAUAUUUAGUAUGAAAACGACUUUCGUGCGCUAAAGACGUGAGCAACGGAAUAAAUUGAAACACACAUAAAUACACACACAACACAACUAAAAUAUUGAAAAAAUAUUCGUUAAAAAAACCAAAACCAAAUAAAUUUGAAAAAAGAAUAACAAACGAAUUAAUUUUUGGUGGUUGUUUUAACAAUGAAAGUUACUGGCAAAGAAAAAAAUGAUAAUAAGUGACUGGUGAAUUUAUUAAGAGAAAAAUAUUAAAAAUUUUAUUGAAAAAAAAAUAAUAAUAAAAGAAUAUUUAACACAAAAAGCUAUAAGAAAAAAUUUUUAAAAAAGAAAACAAAGUUUUUUGUUACAAAAAUAAAAAGAAGUGUAAAAAAUAAUAUUAAUUACAAAAUUUGUCAAGCAUUAAUAAAUUGUUGGUAAAGUUUUCAAUACAAUUUAAAUAAAGAUCUUCAUGACAAAACUUCAAUUGAAGCAAAAGUGUUUAAUAACAAAAGUAGUUCAGAAAAUUAUAAAAAAAAAAUUGCAAAAGAAAAUCAUAAAACUGCCGGUUUUACGCCUUUUUAAUAAUUUGUAACAAAGAGCAAUAAAGCUAAAUAUAAAGUGUUUUACUGUUUAGUUUAAAUAGAAUCAGCCAAGUGUAAAUUUUAUUACAAACAUAAAACCAAAAAGAAAAAUAAAAGCUUAAAAACAAAAGACAGAAAUUUGAUCUGUUAAAGAAUAAAAUUUCUGAUAAAAUUUUAGAUUUUUGUUACAAAUAUGUCAACACAUCAGCAAAAACAACAGCAACAACAGCAGCACCAACGUCAAAUCGAUGUAAUAAUGACGUCCAUGCAGCAGCAACACCAACAACAAACAAAACUGGAACAACAUUCGAAACCCAUCUUAAGCCCCACACGAUCCCUUGAUGAAGGUUUUGAAAGUGAUCCGGAUCGUGUUUCAACGGAUUCAGAGCAUCCAACAAGUGGAACGACUCAACACAAUCAACAUGCAAAUGCUACAAAUAACAAUAGCAACAACAACAUCAAUAAUAAUAGUAGCAAUAAUACCUGUAGUACUAGUAGUAAUAGCAAUAGUUGUAGUAACAUUAGUAAGCAACACCAACAACACAAUGUUGGUUCUACUUUGGCACAAUUGUCAUCGGCAGCUACUGGUGGCUUGUCAGCCAAUGCUGAUUUGUCAUCAUCGUCUAAUACAUCUUCAUCACUAUUGACUGCGGGACAUGUUGCUAAUAAAACAAUGGAUUUAUCCAAAACCAGGUUGGCUGCAAUGGGAGCACCACAAAUCAUUCGCCGUCCACCCAAUGUGGCUGCCAUGCAGCUACAUCAUCAUCAACAGCAACAACAACAACAUCAACACCAACAACAGCAAUUGCUGCAACAACAAUUAUUAGAUAAAUACUAUAAAGAUAGAAGAGGCUCCAGCGACAACAAGUUUAUACAACAAAUGAAUAUGCAAAAUGCCGCACGUAUUUCUUCUACACCAUCUUCAUCUACGGCCGCUGCAUCGUCAUCCUCAUCAUCAUCAUUAUCGUCGGCGGCUGCUUGUGCAACAUCGAAUGCUGGAGGCUUAACGGCUGCCAGCUCUCAAGUCAUGGGCUCACCACAAACUGUGCAACGUUUGCAAUACCAAAAGCAACGGCAACCUGUGGUAGCAUCUUCGGCAGCUGUACACAAUCAUCGUUACGCGCCAGGCGGAAGUAAUGUGGCCAACAGUAAUGGCGGCUUUAGACGGGCCAAAACUAGAGCCAUGUCACCAUCUGUACUCAAGACCAAUACAAAUGCCAAUAACUCCCGCCAACUGCUGUUAAUGCCUCGUGGCUCAGCCAUACGUUCGCACUCGGUCGAUGCCAUUACACGUCACAGACAACAUCAGCACCAGCAACAACAGCACCAACAAUUACAGCUCCAGCAGCAACAACUGCUAGCUGCCCACAACUAUGAUCCCUCGAAUGCUCUAAUUUUGAAACAUGAAGGUUCUGGUACUACAAGCAGCUCGGCUUGCAACACCAACACCACCACACGCAUGCAACAUUACAAGUUUCCUGGUAACUCUGUCAAUGGCGGUUGCUCUUCUCUAACACCCGGUUCUACAACACAGGCGCUACUCGUGCAGCCAAUAUCAAGUGCUACAUUGUCAGCUAGUGCCGUGGCUCUACCGCCCGCCACCACCGUUUUGAAUACGGGCAAUGUUGGUGAUGCCGCUGCUGCCUUGGUGGCAGCAGCUGGUGGAUCACCAGUAAUUGCCUCAUCCACAAAUAGUUUGUAUACAUUCUAUCCAGCUGAGGGUAAUCUACAAGUAUGGCAGUCCGAAUGUGGUGAUUUGACAUAUAAGUCAUCGCGUAAUCUACUAACGCAUAAGGCACCAGUUUGUUGGACCCAGUCUAUACCAAGGCAAACAAGACGCUACACAAAUGCUCCUCAAAGUACGGUUAACAAUGCUAGUCUCCUGUAUCCCUCCUCCAAUGGACAAGUCUAUCGCAUACAUCCAGCCACCAACGUUAAUACAGUGCCCAAUGCUCAGUCGCUUAAUGGUGAUGUGGUCGAUGGUGUAGCCAUUAUUUCCUCCAAUACGGAUACGGCCUCAAACUCUCAUGGUUUUUCGCAGCGACUAAAAGAAUUGGCCGCCUCAGCGGGCCUUCUAUCGUUAAAACCCAGAACUCCCUUGAAACCAGUUAUCAAGACACGCGGCUCUCCCGGUCCUGAGUUUCCCAAAAAAGUGACUUUCAGUGCCUUUGCAACGGUGCAAGUGGUGUGAUUUCUUUGUAGCGUGAUUUGUUGUUGGCUAUUGAGCUGCAAAAACAAAUUAACACUCUACUGUAACCAAAUAAAAGUGUGGCUUUAAAAGGUUGCUGCUGUUAAAAAUAUAAGAGAGAGAAAAAAAACGUUAUGGUGAUCAUGUUGAUGAUGAUGAAAAUCAGCUGCUUCUUAUUGUUGCUAUGUUUGUAAUAUUUAGAUCAAAUAAUUUGUUGAUUUAUUUUAUAAAAUAUUUAUAUAUAUGAACUUUUAAAAAAAAACAAAAAUUAAUACAUAUUGUUAUUAAAAAAAUGUAUAAUAAUGUAAUUAAAUAUGGUUAAAAAAGUAAUGCACAGUGGAAAAUUUGGCUAGAAUAUGAAAAUAAAUUGAAAUCCAAAUACUUGUGUAUAACAGAAAAAGCUUAAUAAAAUAAACCUGAAAAUAAUAAAGUCUUUUUAACAACAGUAAAGCUUUAUUUCAAUUUAUAGA